AUAAUUUAGUUACAGUGUGUAACAGGGCAUAUUUACCUGUUUCUGAAGCCAGUAAAACCUCCAGUAUUUUCAGAAGACAUUGGGAUGCCUACGUCAUCUAUGUGCGCAAGGUUCUGUGUCGCCCUUAGCGCGCGACGACGUCGGUGAGCUGCCAAAAAACAUCCCGCUGGAGAAGAUGGCUAGCUGAAUAAGUUAUCACAAGAUAUUAUAUUUUUUAGAGCCAGGAAUUGCUGUUCUAAACCCUGUAAAGGUAUUCCCUGGAGGUGUUUUCAGCAUUUCAUAUGUAACACACUCAAGAGGAUCCAUGUCUUUUCUUCGUUGGGUAUCUGAGAAACUGAGUGUGGAGAGCUUGCGGGAUUUGGACUUAUUUGGAGAGCAAGCUCAGGGACUCUCUCACAGGAAAGCCCAUGAGGAGAGCCAGGAGAGUCUGACCUCCCUCCCACGUCGGGACACCAUGGGCAGCUUCCUCCCUGACAGCAGCUCCUAUGAGCUCCUCACCAUUAUCGGCCGGGGCUUGGACGACUUGAUGACGGUGAACCUGGCUCGAUACAGACCCACCGGGGAGCACGUAGCCAUCCGAAGGAUCGACUUGGAGCCGUGCACUAAUGACAUGGUCACCUACCUGCAGGGUGAACUGCAUGUGUCAAAGUUGUUUCACCACUCCAGUAUUGUACCCUACAAGAGCAUCUUUAUAGCUGAGAAUGAGCUGUGGGUCAUCACCCCCUUCAUGGCUUAUGGGUCAGCCAGAGAUCUGAUCUGCUCACAUUUCGCUGAUGGUAUGAAUGAGCUGACCAUCGCAUACCUGUUGUUGGGAAUACUCAGAGCUCUUGAAUACAUCCACCACAUGGGAUACGUGCACCGGAGUGUGAAGGCCAGCCAUGUGUUGAUCUCAGCUGACGGACAGGUCUACAUGUCAGGUCUACGGAGCAUCUUCAGUCUCAUCCGUCAUGGCCAGAGGGCCAAAGUUGUGCACGACUUCCCCCAGUACAGCGUCAAGGUGCUGCCUUGGCUCAGCCCUGAGGUUCUUCCUCAGAACCUGGAGGGCUACGACUCUCGGUCAGACAUCUACAGCCUCGGCAUCACAGCCUGUGAACUGGCAAACGGACAUGUGCCCUUCAAAGACAUGCCAGCUACACAGAUGCUGCUGGAGAAGCUAAAUGGGACUGUGCCCUGUUUGCUGGACACCACCACUAUCCCACCAGAGGAGCUGUCAAUGAAACCGUCUCGCUCUGGGGCCGACUCCGGGAUCUGCGAGGGGCCAGGAGCCGGAAGUGCUCGCCACUCUAACGGAGAGCCCUCCUCCUCGUCGGGAGGACACCCCUACAACCGGACGUUCUCCCCGCACUUCCACGCCUUUGUCGAGCUGUGUCUCCAGCGAGACCCGGAAAAGAGACCUUCUGCAACAACUCUCGUAGGCCAUCCCUUCUUCAAACAGAUCAAACGGCGGCCCUCAGAGGCGCUGCCUGAGCUGCUGCGGCCCGUGUCGCCUAUCACCACCUUCGAUGGCUCCCAGCAGCAGGACUCUCCCUCUGGACUGGCCAGUCUGGAGUCGGGUCUCAGCCACCUGGAGGUGGACGACUGGGACUUCUGACAGUGGACGACUAGGCGGGGAGACGCUUCUGGGAUUGUGAUGGAAAAGUCUCCGAGCAUGGACGAGAAUUGUUUUUGUAAUGGUCCUCUUGUAAAUAAUUUAAAUCUCAAACUAAAAGGAGUUGCUGUUCUCAGACAGAGGUUAAAAGCUAGUAGCCAUCUUGCCUCUUUUUGAUGUCUCUCACAUGCGUCUGUGCUCUAGAUAUGCACAGACUCUUGCACUGAUGGCCUCCGUCUCUCACACACACACCACACACACACACACACACACACACAGGACUCCUCUAGUGCUCAUGCUGUUACUGAGGUUUCAGAGGAGGAUCUAUGGAAGUAGAUGUCGACGAGACCUAAAGAUUCUCAAGUGGAUCAGAGGGAAGCUGCUUCUAAAUAUUCAAAGGGGACUCUCAGAACAUGACUGCUGGAUGUGGCCCAUCUGCUCAGCGAGACCACCAUCAGGGGGCACACCAGCCCUCUCUACACCCGAUGGAAGGUUUCGACUACAGCAUGUAUACACAUUUCUUAGCUCUCUGCUUGUGUUAGUGUAAACUACACCUCACAUCACGUUUGUUGCACAGGUUAAAGCAUUACAUCUGUUUAGUUUAACCCUCCGAGCAGUUUGUAUUUUCCUUGAUCUUAUUCUGGCUGUUAUGUGACUUAUGUUAGAAGUGAACGUUCCAUUGGUGCUUGUUUUGUCUGCAUGUACACUGAAAGUGAGGGCAAAGCAAAAUGUUGCAAAUGUCAAACUUGACUUUUAACAAUAAACAUUCACUUUAAUGUUUUUAACUUGAUGGGACGACA